CCCAUCAUCGAGCGAGAACAACGGAGUGGCGGACACGGAGACGUGGUCCCGUUCAGGAAAUACGCCCCCGGCCUGUCCUUUUCCACGAUCUCGCAAUCAGCAUGGCCAGGUCCAACCCAACGGCUAUCCCAAGACAAAGCUAGUACGGAGUAGCAUCCAAUGGAGGUAGCACUUUUCAUAUAGAACCCUCUACUUUCCAAGAAUCAGAUACUUUCAAGUUACCACUCGUGCACAUACUACAUUGGGUGAUUCCCACAGAUACUAGGCCCUGUUCCGUAAAUUCUCCCCCAACGGUUCGUUCAACCUCCCCCGCCGUCUCAUCUCAUAUAAACGAGUUCGCUCCAUCCAAAGCCAAGCCUUUGCACACCCACCCAAGAAACAUUCAUCAGCUGCCACGCCACGCGGAAACCAUUCCGAGGAGCAGCAGAAAGGCGCCGUCGCCAUGGCCGGCUGCUGCGUCUUCCUCCGGUGGCCGUCAGCCUCGCCGCCCCGCAUCGGCUACCGCUCCCUCGACGCCGCGGCAGCCGACGCCGACGAGUCGCCGGCCACGGUGACGGUCGUGGUCGGGAAGGAGCGGCGGGCGUUCGCGGUGGACCGCCUCGUGCUCGACUCCUACCCGUUCCGGCUGCUCCUGGAGACGGUGGCCCGGAAGGAGGAGCGCAGGGGCGGCGCCAUCUUCGUCGACGUCGACGCCAUCCUCUUCGAGCACAUCCUCUGGCUCGCCUGCGAUGCCCGGUCCGUCUCCCAGAUCCUGCACCUCGACCUCAAGGAGAUCAUCGACUUCUACGCCCAGGACGCGUGAUGAUGAUUAUAUUCUCUGCUCCGGCAUGCCCGAGCCCGGCUCCUUGGAUGCGGCGGCUCCGUCCUGCGCGUUUCUUUGAUCCGAAUUCUUUUUUUUUUCGUUCUUCUUCGUCUUAUGCUAAUGUGCAUAUUGAUGAACAUCUCUUACAAUGAUACUAUUGGAAAUACUGAAGUGACGUACGUAUAAACACAUGGCUGAUAGCCAUUUCUGACUGCC